AUGAUUUCCGAACAUAUUUCCGAAAAACAUUACGGGUUCGGUAUAAGGCAUUUGCAAGCAAUAUGUAUGUGUUUAUGCAUAAUAGCGUUGUUCAUAGCGCGAAGCAGCAUGGCAGUGGCAGUUCUAGCCAUGACCGACGUUACUCGGAAAAAUGACACGCGAGUUACGAUAUAUGACUGGGAUAAGAAAACACAGGGUUUAAUCCUGUCGUCAUUCUUUUGGGGGUACAUGGUGAUGCAGAUUCCAGGAGGGCUAUUGGCAAAAAGAUUUGGAGGAAAGCCCAUUUUACUUGUAGCAUUAUUGGCGAGUGGCAUCGUAUGCGGCGUUCUCCCUUCACUCGUCGACUUGGGUGGAUGGCAGAUUGUGUGCGCUUGCCGAGUAUUGAUGGGUCUCACACAAGCGUGUUUGUUCCCGACCACUCAUACGCUACUUGGGCGUUGGUUGCCGGACCAUGAGCGGACAGCUAUAACGGGGAUUGUUUACGGAGGUACUCAAAUAGGCACAAUAAUAGCGAUGCCCUUGUCGGGGCUUUUAGCGGAGACAGCUAUAGGUUGGAAGUUGAUCUUCUAUUCAAUAUCAGGGUUGAUGUUCACAAUGAGUGCUGUGUGGUACUUCUUCUCAGCAAGUACACCAAGAGAACAUCGACUUAUGACUGAAGCUGAAAAGGAGUAUAUCGAAAGAGGUCUUAAUACUUCCGGUGGAAAGGUACUAAGCACACCAUGGCGAUUUAUAUUGAAGUCCAAAGGGGUUUGGGCAGUAGCUAUCACGCACAUAGGGUGUACGUGCGGUUACACGCUCUUUUUUGUUGAAAUGCCUACAUAUUUAGAAAAAGGUUUACACAUAUCUUUAAAAAAUAGUGCUUCACUGUCAGCUCUACCAUACAUUGGCAUGUGGAUCGGAAAUAUAAUAUCGGCCACCGCAUCGGAGAAAAUCUUAAACCGAAAAUUACUCUCUGUUGGGACUUGUAGAAAACUCUUUAACUCUAUAGGAUUUUUCGGUAUGGCGAUUGGUUUGGGUGCCUUGUCCUUCAUUGGGCCAGAUCACCACAACAUGGCCGUAAUCACAUUGAUAGCAACUCUCACUGUGAAUGGAUUUUAUACAGCUGGGUUUAUGAUGAGUCUCCUGGAUAUGUCUCCGAACUUCGCCGGCGUAAUGCUCUCUUUGACUAACUCCUUUGCUAAUUUAGGAAGCAUUUUCACACCUAUAGUCACCAGUUUUAUUUUACAUAAUGACCCUACCGAUCUAAGCAGAUGGCGAAUUGUUUUCCUGAUAAUAGCGGCUGCGAGUGUCGUUACAAACAUCAUAUUUAUGUUAUUUGGGACAUCAAAGCGUGAGGAUUGGGAUCAUCCUGACUUCAAAGAUAAGAAAGACGCUGAUCCAGAGGAAACGAAACCAGCACUGACAAGCUCACAGAUGUCAAAGGAAGAAGAAGCAAAACUUCACUAG